UUUUUGCUGAGGGGAAUUUGUUUCUUCAACUGGGGGGUUCAACUACCACCCGACCUCCUUGGCCAACAAACGAGGUUAAAUGAAACAAUGAAUUUAUAUAUAUGUUUCUAGCUCUUAUGCGUCUCAAGACUCAAGCCUCUCUCUCUUUCUCUCUCUCUCUCUCUCUCUCUCUCUUUUUUAAGAUUUAUAAGUUUCAAGCGAGAGGAUUCCCACACGCUUUCAUUACAUGAGAGACAUCAUUUGGGAGAUAGCUGUUUCCAUGAACCAGAAACCCAUAUUUUUUGGUUGGCUUUCUCUUUUUCCUAGCAAUAUAGGAUUUGCCUUUCAACAGAAGAGAAGCUAUUUACACUUACAAUGACACUCUGAACUUUAUUAAGCCAAUGGGUGCCUUCACGUUUUCAUUUUGAUCCUCUCUCUGUUUCUGUCUCUGUCUCUGGUACUUCUUGGUGGUCUUGUUAAAAAUGGCUGCCAUGGGGAAAACCAAAAGGGUUUUAAUAGUAACCGGCAGAGUUAUAAACGAGGCUGUGAGCUUCUGUGUCUUCUCUCUUCUAGACCUUCUUGAUUUCCUUCUUUGCUUUGUUUACAAGUUAGCCGACUUCUUCAUUGAAGCCGAAUGGAAGCCAUGCUACUGCUCCUCCGGCAAAGAAGCCAUCACUUGCAGUGGCAAAAUCUUGGUUUCCGAACAAGGCGGAUCCAAGGUUGUUUGCCUCAGCUCAACCAAGCUACAAUUGGAGGAGAUCUCAGACACCCUCUACACACGCCCUUCCUUGGUCUCCGAGGUUUCAAGCUUGACAGUUACCGAGCUUAAACGGCUCAAGGUGGCCGAUCGGACGACCAUCGUACAAUCCUGUGAGAAGAUCAAGAAAGGCACGGUGCGUUCAUCUUUCACGGUUAACUCCACCAUCGUUGAAAUGCUUCAAGGAAAGUUUGGACGGCACCAAUUUCACCCCAUCCCAAGAUGGUCCGAUUGUAAUUGUGGAUUUUGCACUUCUUGGACCUCCUCUAGCAAAGAAUCUCUAUUUGUUCGAGCCGAAGGACUCAAAGAAAAAGCACGAGAAGAUGUGUUGUUCAUUCAUGGCUUCAUAUCAUCAUCAGCAUUUUGGACGGAAACAUUAUUUCCAAACUUCUCAAGUGCGGCCAAAUCAACUUAUCGCCUAUUUGCCAUCGAUCUGCUUGGAUUUGGAAGGAGCCCUAAGCCAACCGACUCCCUUUACACUCUGAGAGAGCAUGUUGAGAUGAUAGAACGGUCGGUGCUAGAGCCACACAAAGUCAAAUCCUUCCACAUCGUGGCCCAUUCUUUAGGCUGCAUUUUGGCUCUAGCACUCGCCGUAAACCACCCUGCCUGCGUCAAAUCCUUAACCCUACUGGCACCUCCAUAUUUUCCGGUGCCGAAGGGAGCACAAAGUGCGCAAUAUGUGAUGAGAAGGCUAGCUCCAAGGCGCGUGUGGCCAUUGAUUGCGUUUGGGGCGUCGACUGCAUGCUGGUACGAGCACAUCAGCCGGACGAUUUGCCUGCUCAUAUGCAAGAACCACCGGUUGUGGGAAUUUCUCACCAAACUUGUGACCAGAAACAGAAUGAGGACAUUCUUGCUCGAAGGCUUCUUCUGCCACACCCACAACGCUGCAUGGCACACCCUCCACAACAUCAUCUGCGGCACCGCCAGCAAGAUCGACGCUUACAUGGAUGCAGUGAGAGAGCAGCUCAAGUGCCAGGUCACCAUCUUCCAUGGCCAAGAUGAUGAGCUUAUCCCCGUUGAAUGCAGCUACAAUGUGAAGACCAGAAUACCUCGUGCCCGAGUCAAAGUGAUUGAGAAAAAAGAUCACAUAACUAUCGUUGUAGGAAGACAAAAGGCUUUUGCUAGAGAACUAGAGGAAAUAUGGAGGAAUUCCAGUGAUUGAUUAAAGCUAGACCUCUCCAUUUUCUACCUUCUUUUGGCCUAAAAAACCCACCCUCCAUAAAUUUCCACCCAGUCAAAAAGUUGAUAAAUAUUGAAUAGCCUGAGGUUGGCAGGUUAAUUAUUUACUGCUUCUUCAAGUCUCGAGUCUGAGUUAGCCCCUGAAAUUAAUUAUUACCCACUAUAUAUCAUUAAGAGGUGUGAAAAUGCUUGCUUAAUUAUAAAGAUGUACUUACUUAAUUUGUUAAAGCUAAAUAAACAUUAAGUUGAACAUCUAUCUUAUUUUC